AUGGAAAUGAGGGCGAUCAUGGGGGAUUUGCUCACUGGGUGGUCUGUGAGCGGUAAGAGGCCCGGGAUGCUCAACAACACCGGGAAUUCUUCUUCUGUGUGUAGCAGGCAAGAAAUAAACUCUUUUGGAUCCAACACGGCGACGAGCGCGGGGGCAACUUUAGGACGAGCACGACCUUACGGUUGGCAUCCCUCUCGUACAUCGUCUGGUGGGAGUCGCGAGGUAGGCGCUGAUGAUGUGGGCUCUCGCCGUGGCGAAGUGGCAAGGCGCCUUCAUAAGGAAAAACGCAAUAUGCAGCUGUAUUCGCCUUAUUUUAUCCCCGUGAGGCGACGAGUAGUGCGAAAGAGACCAGGGAGCAGUCGCCCUGCCACUGCGACGAAAGGCGGCUUGGGUCGUUUACGUAACGGUUCUGCGGUAGCGUCGCGCAGGUCUCCUAGUGGUGCCCGCAGGCAACCAUCUCAAUCUCCUCUACCAUUUGCUCGGGGUUUGGUGAAGAGUGGGGGAGUUGUUUCAAGAUCCGUGUCCCCGCCUCACAAUGCGUCUGCCCGCGCAUCACGCUCGCCUGGUGGGGCUUUCUUUGAAAAGCUUUUUCACGCCUCCCAUUCUUUCUGUGGGAAGGGUGCCGUUCUUCUAGGUGUGCGGCCUGCAUCUGGCAAUGGAACCAUCAAUUCUGCGUGUGACUACAAUGCGCGAGACUGCAACGUGCACGGUGACGACACCACACCCCACCCGCUAUUAGGUGAAACCCGAUCGAGUAGCUUUUCUUCUUGUAAUCCUGGGCGUUUUGGCGAGAAUCCCGUUGGUAAUAAGGCAGUUUUUCGGCGCUAUUUGAUGGAGUGGGAAG